CACUACUACAAAAGUUUACAUACAUAACAGUGAAUAGAUAACGGUUUUUUUCAAAAACCGUUAUGUAUGAGCGCACUUUUAGGAAUAGAUAACGGUUUUGCGAAAAUCCGUUAUCUAUGUAGUGUUGUCUAAAUGCAUAGAUAACGGUUUGAACAAUUGCGUUAUGUUUUUGCGUUAUCUAUUAGUUGCAUACAUAUCGGUAUUAUAAAACCGUUAUCUAUGACCAUCUUUUAUAACAGUUAUUUUUAUAACGUUCAAGAACCGUUAUGUAUAAGAGUCAUUUACAACGGUUUUUAAACCGUUAUGUAUGAACGUCUCUAAAAACUGUUAUGUAUAAUUUUUUUUGUUAAUUUUUUUAAAAUAAUAUAAUAUUAUAUUAUAUUAUAUUAAAAAUAACAAAUAAAUUAUUUAUCCUAAAAUCUGAAUUUAUUCCUAUAUAUAGACUUUGAGAAAAAAAAAACUCAUAACAUUUUUUUUAUUAAAUAACACUUAAAUAAAAUCUGAAAAUAUUAUUAGAAACCUAAAUACCAAAAUUGAAUAAUAAAAAUUAAACAAAAGAAAAAGGAAAAAGAUUUUCGUUCCUAACAGCCCUAACACUUCUCUAUCUAUUUCGCCUCCCCCCAAAUCCCAAUUUGCCGCGCCUUCCCUGAGUCCGCCGCGCCUUCAUCAAGCUCCCCCAGUCGCGCCUUCAUCCAGCUCCGUCUGCCUCCGUCGCGCCUUCGUUCUUGCUCCGGCGUGUUUUAUUGGCCGAGUGUGCGGCGGCGGCAGGCUAGGGUUUUCAAACCCUAGCUGUGAUGAAGAGAAGAAACGGGUCAAAAAGAUGGGCUAGGGUUUUCCAGACUCCAGUCUUCGCGCGCCUCCACGAUCUGCCGCGCCGCUUCCUUUUCAGACCGUCGUCCGUCUGUCCACUGGCAACUCACGCACACCGCACACGGUAAGCCCUCUCUUUCAGCUGGCCUGCAGCAUCUACAGUCCUCGAACAAUGCGGUUCCUCCAGCUCAGGAUUUUGGAUAUUACAAUGGAGGCGGUCAGGGUUCGAGAAUGUACAAGAGUGUGCAGGCGCAAAGGACGUACAGUGGAGGCGAUUUGUUUGCAGAGCCGUUGACGCUGCCAGGGCAUUCACGGGAAGAAUGGCGAGGAGCUGGUUUGGCCAAAUGAGAGUAGCCCGGGGCUAUUGGAUCUGCAUUCGUUUGACACUGAGCUACUUCCGGAGCUAACUGGAAGAUCAGGGAAGCAUAUUUUCCUUACGGAUAAUGAUGGUGGGAAACUUCCACUCCUGCUUCAGAUGGUCAAUGACUCUGCUGACCUUCAUUUCAUAUCAGCAUUACGAUCUUUCAACCACCGUGUGGUAUAUGCCAACGCAAACUAUGACCAUGUGGUGGGAUGGAGAACUUCAUCAAUCCGCCGUCAAAACGAACUACCAAAGGAAAGUCUUCAUGUGAAUGAUAUGAAGUAUCCUCACAUCGUCCAUGUAGAACAGGGAAUAACUGAAGAUGUAAACAAUAAAGUAUCCUCUGCUGUUGGAACACAGGUUAUUGACUUGGAAGAGUCAAUUUCAUGCCUGGAGGAAUUAGUAUAUAUCUUUCUGGAUAUUGGAAGGUUUAAUAUGUCUGCAAGGUAUUAUAAGGAAAUUCUUGAGUAUUAUUAUCAGCAUUAGUCACCAUUUACACUUAUGUGGAGAUGGAUAAUUUUGAAAAAUAGAUGCCUUUACUUGAACUGAGCUUUGGAAGGAAAAUUCUUGAGCAAAUAAAUUAGUGUGCAUCAGUGUUGGACUUGUAGUUUGAUGUAUUCCAGCUGAGCCUUUGUGUGCACGCAUAUGAGUUUUUAUCAAGGGAGGAAGAUCAAGAUGGAGAUGUUACUUUCAAAAAGGGAGGAAGAUCAAGAUGGAGAUGAGCGCGAAGGAAGCCUUUGAGAGGUCGAUGAGGACUUUGUCGGAGUGGAUAAGCCAGGAAGUGAAUCGAAAUAUGUAAUGAUCUUAGAUACUUGAUACUUGGUUCAUUCGAAUGAUAAUGUACGAAUAUUUUGGAUAAUAUAUAAUAUUGUUAUUGUUGAUUUUAUCA